AUGUAUUCUUUGUCCGUAGUAGGAGUUGUGUUCAUGAUAAGUACUCUAACACAUGUUUAUACUUUAUCAUCCACCAAGCAUAUUCAUCGAGAUUAUCUUCGUUUAUUAAUUUAUUAUAUAGUCAGUUCUUAUGCCAGCGAAAUUUCUUUGAGUGUUGUUACGACUCCAGUGAUACUGCUACCAUGUCUAGCAGGAUAUCCAGCUGGGAUUAUUCGACCACUACACAUUCCAACAGUGAUCUUGGCAACGCUUCAAUCUUGUCUAAUACUUCAAGUUUUUGGUUCAUUCACGUUAUUGAGCUUAUAUCGUUUCUAUUCUCUGAUGCCUAAUAUGACCACAACGAGAAAAACGUUUUACAAGAAACUGACACUCACACUCUACAUGAUAAGCAUCAUUCCAAUGAUAGUCGUUGUUAUAUUCUUCAGAGAUCGCAAAGAGGACAAGAAGUACUGCGCUGAUAUUUAUGUAGGCUUCAAAAAUGAUAUAUUUGAAGAAGAAACAGUAGCUUUUCAAUUAUCAAAGGAUAAUCCUCGGCUUAUAAUGUGUAUAGCCAUAGUAAUCAUAUCCAUAUUUGGUUAUUCAUCCAUUUCCGUAUCGUGUACUGUUUCUACUUAUCGCUUCAUUAGAUAUCGAUCCUCAGCAACGCAUAAAUAUUCACAAAGCUUGAAGCAACAGAAAGAAUUAGGAUUUGCUUUGAUGUGCCUAAGCCUUAUCCUUGUUAUACUACAUGCUCUUCUAGUUCUCAUUAUGCUAAGCAUAAUAUUUGUUCAAACUUUUAAUCAAACUUUUGUUAACUGUUGCCUGGUCUUACUGGUGGUGGCCCAAGCUUUAGGGCCAGUAGUUAUCAUGGGAUCAAUGAGAUCAUAUCGCAUAGCAGUGUAUAACUUCUUUCUUUCACAUAAACGCAGUGUAUCAACUAAAACUCAUAAGCUGACAGAAAUCACCGGUAAAACAUUUGUUUCCAAGUUCAUAAUGAGCAAACUAUAA